AUGGAUAAAACUUCAACAACAACAACAGUAACAUCUGCAACUUCAACAUCAACAACUUUCACCACGUUUACGACAGCUACGAAAACAACAUCGUCAACAACGAGUACAGAAAGUACUACAAGUUCCACGUCUACAGCGACUACUACUGCAAUCGUUUGCAAUUUUACUAACGUUGGACUAUUACAAACAUUUAGUGCUUUAGCACCGACAUCAUGGACAUCGUACUCGGUUACUUUUAUAGCCACAUCAACUGUUACCAAUCUUCAAUUUAGUUCAGCAACUGAUCAAGCCAACAAAGAUUGGAGUAUUGACAAUGUUUCUGUAGUGGCCAAUGGUGGUAUAGGAACUAAUUUAUUACUCAAUGGAGAUUUUGAAAAUGGUUCAUCAGUUGGAUGGGCCAUGUAUUCAUGUUCUAGUACAUGUUCUGCUUCAAUAAUAUCGUCCACAAAUUGUGACGGCGGUUCUGGUUCAUGCUAUAAUAAUCAAUGUACACCAUCUACCAAUAUACAGUUUCUUGAACAAUAUUUUAUUACAAACAUUGGCACUAAUUAUAAUGUUUCUUUUUCAGUACUUAAAGGUGGAUCAGGAUUAGGUUCAGGCACCGUUAUGCAUGUUAACGCCAUUUGA